CAAAGACAACCCCAAUCGAGCAUCACACGGUUGUGGACUAGGCAUUAAACGAGUUCAAACGUCUCCGCGGGAAUCCUAUAAAGAGAGUGAAGAAAAACAUGACGACGAGUCGUGGGUCGAAAAUUGGCAUUGGCCGAGGUGCCGAUUCCGCGACGUCACGUUGUGUCCUAACUUUGAUUCAUUACUAGUACUUUUCACUCUAUUUAAAUAAACGUGACCUUUCUUCUAUUCAAUGGCUUAUACUGGUCGUCAAGACAUUUUGGUUUGUUUGCUCAAUUGAUCUCACUAUGAGUUCCACACCAACGCCCUCAGAUCAUCUACCAGACCUAGACUCUAGCGAGGUCACUUAUCCAGGUUCCGACAUAGCAGCUCCCGCGGCACCAACGAAUCCAGAAGAACUCAAGCACGAUAAAUAUCGAGAGAAUCGAAGAGGAUGGCGUCGAAUUGUCGUCAAUUUUACACCGUCGUGGUUCACAGUGACGAUGGGCACUGGAAUCACGUCUGUUCUCCUCCACAACCUGCCCUACCACGGCCGAUGGCUAUUCUACGUCUCCUGCAUAAUAUUUUGUCUAAACAUUGUGCUAUUUACUUUGUUUAGCUGUAUAUCUAUUGUAAGAUAUACGUAUUUCAAAGGGAUAUGGUAUUCAACGUUACGACAUCCAGCGCAGGCUGUUUUUCUAGGGACCAUACCGGUUGGCUUCGCUACAAUUAUCAAUAUGAUAGUCUUUGUGUGUGUUCCAGCCUGGGGUGAUUGGGCUGCCAAUUUUGCAUGGGCUCUUUGGUGGAUAGAUGUUGUUAUGGCUACUGCUUGUAGUCUCUACAUACCGCAUUGUAUCAUGCGAACAGAGGGCAUCACACUUGAUCAAGUGAACCCUUCAUGGCUCUUCCCCGUCAUUGCCGAUAUCGUCGCCUCCACCUCAGGGGCCAUCGUAGCCAAUGUUCUACCUAACGACCAACACGCCAUAUGGACCGUCAUUACAAGCUAUAUUCUAUGGGGAACUAGCGUACCCAUGGCUAUCGUCAUUCUCGCCAUGUAUUACAGCCGUCUCAUGAUCUAUGAUAUUCUUCCCGGCCAAGUUGCUGUAGCGUCUUUCAUCGCUAUCGGCCCUCUUGGUAUGGGAGCAGCAGCAAUCCAACUCCUCGGCCAAGUCUCUCUCAAACUCUUCGCCAGGAACGAUUUCAUCCCCAAGGCUCCCAUCGCGGGCCAAUUCUUCUACCUGACUGGUAUUCUCACUGCUCUCAUCUUGUGGGGAUUUGCUGUUGUGUGGCUCUUCUUUGCUCUCGCCACCAUCAUCAGACGCCAAGUCACCUUCAAUCUUACUUGGUGGGCGUUUACUUUCCCUCUUGGAGUGUUCACAGUUGCGACCACGACACUUGCUCAGGAGCUUCCUUCGAAGUUCUUCAAAGUGCUGGGAACAAUAUUCUCUGUUGCCGAGUUUUUGUUGUGGGUUAUGGUGGCGUGUGGUACUAUCAAGGCGAGCUUGAACGGCCAGCUAUUCCAACCCCCACCACUGGAAGCGUGGGAGAAGAAAGCAAAGGAAGUUGAAGAGACCGAAAAGACCGAAGAUUCACCAGUUUAGAAAGCUGAAGUGGGCAUAUUAGUACAUACACAUACGCAUACAUUGCCAUAGUCAAGGCUAUAGACUUGCAUAUUUUAGAGCCUAUACAAAAUCGAGAGUAGCGUGUCUUCAUAGCACAAUGAUUUUUAGUUACCAUUUACACUUCACUAUUAAUUUA